AUGACUCUCAGUCAUAACUUGACGCCAAAGAUAAAGGUUGCAGGAGGUUUUGACUUGAUAGAUACUUUUCAGGAUAUGUUUGGGGCUGGAGGUGACACAUCAUCAAGCACCAUAGAUAGGGCAAUGGCAGAAAUGACAAGGGAUCCAAGAAUAAUGAAUAAAACACAAGAUGAGGUGAGAGAGGUUUUCAAAAUUAAAGGAAGGGUUGGUGAAAAUUACAUCGACAAAUUAAAUUAUUUGAAAUCAGUUGUCAAAGAAACCCUGAGUUUACACCCUCUAGUACCACUUUUUCUACCAAGAGAAAAUGGUCAAGCAUGUGAGAUAAAAGGCUUUCACAUACUGAUUAAGACUAAGGUGAUAAUCAAUGCUUGGGCUAUUGCAAGAGAUCCAAACGAUUGGACUGAACCAGAGAGGUUUUAUCCUGAGAGAUUCAUUGACAGCAAUAUUGACUAUAAAGGGAGUAAUUUUGAGUACAUUCCUUUUGGUUCUGGAAGAAGAAUAUGCCCAGGGAGCACAUUUGGUUUGAGAAAUAUUGACCUUACGCUUGUAGUGUUGUUAUAUCAUUUUGACUAG